CGGCGGGGCCGGGCCAUGAGCCUGCUGGGCAGCCUCGCCCCCUCGCCACGGGCCCCGCUUCCGUUCAAGGCCAGGAUGAAAAAGCUCCCGAAGCGGAGCCAGAAGGAGAAGUACCGGCUCAAGUACCUACGGCUGCGCAAAGCCGCCAAAGCCACGGUGUUUGAAAAUGCUGCUAUUUGUGAUGAAAUUGCUCGUCUUGAGGAAAAAUUUCUUAAAGCAAAAGAAGAAAGACGGUACCUGCUGAAGAAGCUCCUGCAGCUGCAGACUCUGACUGAAGGGGAAGUGCUGCCUGCCGCUCCUGCUCACAGCUCCAGUUUGCCCCUGGCUUAUGGUGUGGCCAGCUCUGUGGGAACUCUGCAGGGAGCUGGGGCCAGCUCCGGGCCUAGCACUGGGGCUGAGGAAUCAUGUGGGAAGAAAUCCAAGAAGGAGAAAAAAGAAAAAGGCAAAGAGAAUAACAAAUUGGAGAUCAUCACCGACUGACCUGGCUUCCAUGAUGAGAGUGCCAUCUACCCUGUGGGCUACUACAGUACUCGAAUAUAUGCCAGCACGAAGUGCCCAGACGAAAAGUGUCUGUAUACCUGUCAGAUCAAGGAUGGCGGUGCACAGCCGCAGUCUGAAAUCGUUCCUGAAGAUGACCCUCAGAAUGCCAUUGUCAGCUCUUCUGCAAACGCCUGUCAUGCAGAACUGCUCAAGGCCAUAAGGGCUACUAUGGGGAAAUUAAUGCCUGACCUGCUUCCAUCUGGAGCUGACUUCUUUGGGUUUUCUCAUCCAACCAUCCACAACCUGAUCCAGAGUUGUCCAGGAGCUCGAAAAUGUGUCAAUUACCAGUGGGUGAAAUAUGAUGUGUGCAAACCUGGAGAUGGGCAGCGGCCCCAAGGACCGCUGGAGAAUGAUGCAGCUAUAAGCUUUGAAGCCUUUCAGAGACAGGUCUUUGAUGAAGAUCAUAGUGAUGAUCCCAUUCUGCAAGGAUCCUUGGACCUCCUGGAGCUUCAGCCUACAGCCUUUGUGUCUUACCAACCCAUGUUCCUGACAGAUGAACCCUUGGUAGAUGAUCACCUACAGCACUUGAAGUCUCCACCGCAGUGCAGCCCAACGCAGUCUUCAGAUUGAACGAGAAGGGAUCAGAUAUCACAUUAUUUUCAUCAUGAUGAUUUUAACUUCAACUAAAACUUAAAAUAUAUGGAAAGAGGCAGCAAUUUAAAAGUGAAGAUUAAAUUAACACAUUUUGUCAUGGGGGUUCCCACGGUGACAGUUUUCCCUGAGAAAAACUUCACUUGCUUUAUUUUUAGUAAUAAAUUUCUCUUGACAAUACUGCUUAUUUUCAUCUUGUCAUUAGGAUAUGAUGUUUUGCUUAGCUUUGCCUCAGGUAGAGUAAAACUUAAGUCCUUUAUUAACCAGAGUGAGUGAUGGCUGCUGACUCAUAAAGGAGUAAGACCCCGACAACCUUCUACCCUUGAUUCUGAUCCUAGUUCAAGGCAUGUUAAGUCCCAGCCCCUGCACUGGAAAUGGCUGUUUUAUUUUUGUGUUGGUGUCAUCAAAAUCAAGUCCUGCUCAUCCCCAAGCUGGAGAGUCCAGCCUAAGGCACACUCCAUCCCUUUCUUCACAUGUACAUACCCUUGGAGGGGACCAAAAGGUUAUCUUUAACACUGUCUA